AUGCGCAAAGUGUUCCGCAAGUACAGGGCCAUCUCUGCCAUCCUGGGCCUCUGGCUGAGCCAAUACCCAGAAGAUUUCUAUGAGCUCCCGGAUUUUCCCUGCCUCCGGCUGCUGGUAGACUACGCAAGGCUCAAUAUGCCUGCAUCAGAGCUGGAGGAAUGUGCCCCCCUUCUCCUGGCACACAUGGAGCACCCAGAGUCCACUGAAGCAGAGCCAGAGGCUCCAGAACCAGCUCCAUUGCCAGCCCCAGCAGUUACACCAGAGCUCGGGCCAGUGGCAGCUCCAACACCAGAGCCUUCCUGGCCCUCACUUGUGAGCACAAUGCAUAGGCUGAGACAGAAGGAGAAGCUGAACAUCUUGUCAUUCCCUCCCAAGCUGGUGGCAGAGCAACUAACAAGGAUGCACAUGGAGCUAUUCAAGAAGGUGGUGCCCUAUGACAGCCUAGGCUCCAUCUGGUCCCAGAGGAACAAGAAGGGCAAGGAACACCUGGUGCCCACCAUCUGUGCCACUGUCACACAGUUUAAUAGCAUGGUCUACUGUGUAAUCACCACCUGCCUGAGGAACAGCAGCAUGAAGGCCAGACGGGCUACGGUGGUGGAGAACUGGAUCGAGGUGACCAGUGACUGUCUGAUCCUCAGGAACUUCUCCUCACUCCAUGCCAUUCUCUGUGCUUUGCAGAGCACUUCAAUCAGUCAUUUCAAAGACACUUGGGGAGAAGUGUCCAGCUCAGUCCAGCUGGGACUCAGCCUCAUGACAAGAGGCCAGGAGUACAGUCCCCUGGAGGGGAUCUCCAAGUUUGUCACCCUGAAGAUGAACCCCAACAGGGCCCACAAGGGGCUACAGCAGAAGGAGAAGGGUGUUGUCCAGGGAGUCAUCUUGGGAGUGUACCUCACAGACCUGGUGAUGCUGGACACUGCUUUCCCAGAUUUUCUGGAUGAGUUUAGUGUGCUGCAGGAGAUAAAACUCCUCCAGUACAACCUGUCCUGUGAGCUACAGACCCAGACACAGCUGUCCAGCAACACCCACUUGUCUAGCAAGAAGACCUAG